AAAAACUUUUCGCUGACGAAGAGAUGCGUGGUACAAUCAAAGGUCAACUUCUAGGGAUGGAUAUGAAGAACCGACUUGAAUAUUUCGAAGGAAGUGAUAAAGAAGUUAAGGCUUCUCUUAGUACACUUUUAG